AUGUCUUCUUCCAUUCAACCAGUUAAUCCAAAGCCUUUUCUCAACAGCCUCACCGGCAAGUUUGUUGUCUGCAAACUAAAAUGGGGAAUGGAAUACAGAGGUGUUCUUGUUUCCGUUGACUCGUACAUGAAUCUUCAACUCGCACAAGCUGACGAGUACAUUGAUGGAAAUAACACCGGAAACCUUGGGGAAAUUCUUAUUCGAUGCAAUAACGUGUUGUACAUUGGGGGAAUCGAGGAAAAGAACGAAUCUAGUGCAUGA